AUUUAUACGCCGGGCAUACAGGGUCCCGUCAGUCUCCGGCAGUCAGCGGUUGACUACAGACACUCGUCCACAGUACAGGCAAUUCACCAUGUUCGCAAACAGGAGAUACGCUAUUCUUCUGGUCUUGGCCCUCUACGUGGAAAUGAACGUACAUGCUGCCUCGUACCGCAGCAAGCCCCAGCCGACCUCGGUGCUACUGGGCGGCAGUGCUACCUUGUCUUGCGGAUUCGAUGGACUAAAGGAAAACGAAGCGGUUCACUGGCUUGGCCCUCCAAACCUACACUACAUCUCCGAAGGCACGUCCGUAUCUGGGAAGUAUCCAAGAAUGUUUAUCACCGGUAAAGGCAACUCAGGAGACACCACGGGCGUGUAUAACCUGAACAUAAGGGAUGUCAGGCCAGAAGAUGAAGGAGUCUAUCGAUGUAGCACCUUUUCUUUGAAGGACCCAGAGGAUGUCAAGCUUACUGUCAUAGUGCCACCGCGGAGGCCACCCAUUAUCAUAGAAAAGUUCGCCAGUCCCAGAGUUGCGGGACAGAGCCUACAGUUAACCUGCCGUUCUGAAGGAGGCCGCCCGUUGCCGUCCCUGGCCUGGUACAACGGUACAACACGGCACUCCAGAUUCGCGCACGCUGCAGACUCCCUGGACGAUGAUAUGAUAGAAUAUGACAUGUACGUGCCGUACUUGACAAAAUGGGACAAUGGGAUAAAUAUGACCUGUGUGGCCGACCAAGGAUUACCCUCGUUAGUGAUUCCACAGAGGACCUCCAUCACCAUGAACGUACUUUAUCCUCCGAAGGUGUACGUACCGCAGACGUACUUCAGAGUACGUGAGGGUGAGCCGGUAAACCUGACCUGCACGGCAGAGGGAAACCCCGUACCUGCAGUAACGUGGAAGAGGUUAGGUGGCGCUCAUUGGCGGGGAAAUAACGACAGGGGCCACUCGGAUAUAAUCAAAGCAGUGUCCAGAUCGGACGUAGGGACAUACCAGUGUAAAGCAGACAAUGGCAUCCCACCUUCAGACGUAGGUUCCAUAAGACUGGACAUCUUGUAUCCACCAUCAAUCCAAAAAACCUUUGAUGAAAAAGUCAACGUGCUUUACGACAGUGAAGAAGAGUUUUUCCUGGAAUGUAAAGCCGACGGAAAUCCGACCCCCCGUGUGAGAUGGAGACGGAAGAACACAGACCUGUACUUCAACAACCCGUUACGCUUCUCACGCCUGGACUAUCAAACGGAAGGGACGUACGAGUGCGUGGCAGACAGCUUGGCAUUUACGGAGAGCGUUAAAGAAGCAGUGAUAGAUGUCAUUGGUAGACCAGACAUCCGCGGAGACCCAGAGACGGCACACGCCACCCAGGGGAGCUCGGUAACCCUGCUGUGCGAGGUGACCUCUGACCCGCCUCCUGAUAGCAUCAUCUGGUCCUGGCGGAACUCCGAAGGCCGGGAGAUUACACUAACGGGGGGAUCUGUGGACGGACUCACGAUCAAGGGGAAAACUACUGAUGACUUCACGGAGAGCUUGAUGAUACUGGAUCACGUCAGCAGUGCGAGUUCCGGGGAUUAUAUAUGCAAGGCUACAAACAUGUUUGGAUCGGACACGAGGGAAUUUCGAGUUAUCGUGACAGGGCCACCCGUAAUCAUGAUCGCCGUUGUUACCGGUGUUCUGGUGGUAUCAAUUCUUCUGACACUGGUGGCUAUCAUCUUCAUCGUGCGGAGAAAGGAUCUUAUCUGCGGCAAGAGAGAGAAAGGAAAAGAUUGUAAAGAUGGUCAGCCCAAACAAGUGAACCUUGAGCCAUCUGACAUAAACCUGGACGUUCUUGAGACGACGACCAAACCCCUUCCUCCACCCAGAAUGGCCAAGGAUCCAUAUGCCAUUGGGAUAUCAUAUCCACGUUUAGCCGUCCCUGCUCACAGCUAUUCAACACCAGACCGAGGAAAUCGGAGCGAAUGUAAACAUCAAUCUCCGCAUAGGCACAGGCACAAAGGAUCACGCCCUCAGGAGGAGAUUGAGAAAAUUGAGCGAGAAUAUCGAGCACCUCGAUGGCAGCUGCUCUCUGAAAGGAAAGACGUCCAUCAAUACGACGACGCCAUGGUGGAAUUCGAGGACUACCACGGCGUUGGAAGAUACUGACACUUUAUACUUAGCUGUACAUCAUUAUGUACAUGUAUAUAGUGCGUGUAAAUCAUGACGACUCUAAAUACCAGCUUCGCGGUGCAGAAAUUCUUGGUGCACGCUAUGUGUACGCCCUCCAUUCCGCUAGAUGGCGAUCGUGCUACGACUUCGCUGCGACCUUACCUGGGUUUGUGUAACCUUUAAAUCUAUUUCAGAAUAUCAUGCAAAAUGAUAAACCAUGAUUCAAAAGACAACACAACAUACAAAACGUAAGACAGUUAUUUUUUUGUGUGUGUAUGAGAUACGUUGAACACUUUAACACUUUGUGAAUUGCUUGGUCGCAGGGGAGUCGCAGCGAGGUCGUUGCCUCGGUCGAAUAGGCGUGCAACAACCUUGAUGGCAACGGCUAAAUGUUGAUACCGUUUUGCUUAUCUAUUGAUCCAUUGUCCUGUACUACAAACGUGUUUUAGUUCUGUGACCACACACACCCCACUGCGAUAUUCUAGUCAUGUUCAUCCAUCUGGGUGGAAUGAAGACCAUCCAGGUCACGUCAGAUGAGGUCAGCGCCGGCAAUGGGUAAGCCUGAGCGGCAUGCCGUUUGUGCGCUGCCUAUUUGCUUUCAUCAGUGGCAGCUCUAGUCCAAUACACAGGAGCUCCGGAUGGGACAAGGCAGCGGCAAUUACCUCGCUACCCAAACGAGCUUUUCCCCGGCGGUCUGAUGAACCUGUAUCGAACGUCUUCAGAGUAACCGUUAAUGUGUCUGUGUGGCGCAGGUCGGUCACACCUGGGUCAGUGGACCUAUAAUGGAUAAUAUGAUAGACAACCGGAUUUAAUUCUUCCUGUGUCUAUUCUUCUUGAGUGCAGUUACUGUGGAUUAUCCCAUCGCAGCUUUUCCGCAAAACAUUGGGGAUUGCUCAUGUAAAAUCAUGAAUAUGAACUCUCCGUUCUCUUGCGUCGAAAAAUAGUAACACAAUGUGUGAACACAGAUUAACUUUCUCUCAAAUGCUGUAACAUUUGAUAGUCGUGUCAUGCGGUUUGUUAACCACACAAUAAUCUUGGAAUGGACGUUGGUAUCACACGAAGAACGAUUCCUCCUUUUGUAAAAUAAUACCUUUACAAAUACAUAAAGAAAAAAAAUAUUCAAGACAUGCCUUGUAGAUACGACUAUUAAAUGUCUUUAUUACAA